AUGGGUUACCCUACAAAAAUCCCCCCCAUACUUAUAACAAAUCUAGCAAAAAAUGCAGAACCUUUGUCACAGAGGAAUAAUAAAGCUGCAGAUGUUGCUGAUGGAGCUGCGAAAUCCAUAAACUUUUCAUGUAAGGACCACGAUGAUGUAGCUUGGAUCGGCAAGAUGAGGUAUGAUGCGUUGAUCAUGGAAAUCAAACGCCUGAAGAUACCUCUAAGAUGGUAUGAAGAAACAUUGGGGAAGGAGAAAAAGAAAGCAAAAUUCCACCUUCGAUCAGUCCAAAGAAUGAAAGUGAGGGUUUGGCUUGCGAAAGGAAAAGGUGUUCGAAGGUUCAGUACUUCGAAUGAGUCUGUGCAGAUGAGGGAAGCAGAAGCACGCAAAGGGUUUGACCUGUUCCGAGUUUGCAAGAUGUGUUGUCCCAAGCUACAACUGGGACGAGAUCGCCAUGGAGUAAACCGUCCCUGGAUAAAGUUCAUUUUGGGGGUUGUCAGUAUUUUGUUCGGAACAAAUGUGUGGUUCAUUUUGAGUACAUUUUUUGGCAUUUUGUGUGGGCUCCUGAAGGUGUAA